UCAUGGAAAAUGUAAUAUUAUGCUUUUUCUCAUCAUGUUCUUGGAUAGACUUCUGAUAUAUUGUACUAUGAAGUAUUGGACAUUCCUCUGCCAGAAUUAGAAAGUCUAAAAUUUCUCGAAGUAGCAUUUCAUCAUCAUAUGAAGUAUAAAGUGGAGUUGUCUCAUCCUGAUGCAGAACUCCAGUUGCUAGAAGUUUUCUAUCAUAAGAUUUACAAGAACCUUGAAGGAAUUGAAAAAGAAACUCCUGUUGGAAAGAAGGGAGCUGAGGAGGCCACCAGUGAGGUCAUCAUGUCUCUCACUAGGCUUGGGGAAAAUUUUAAUCGUCAAGUGGAACAGAUAGGUUUGCAGAACGUAUUGGAGAAUCCAGUUGCUGCUUUGGAGCUAUCUAAAAGGCUCCGCUCUCCAGGAAUGAAGGAUUCAUCAGAUGAGUUGAUGGCAUCUAUACCUUCUGAAGUUUCCGUUGUUCGGGUUAAUACUUAGUCCAUUUUCUUCUGUUUAUCCUCUUCUCUUUCAACUUUCCAUUUCAUAUUCUCCUGUUCCCAGGACACGGUAGUCUUAUAUGCAUUUUUGAAGAUGUUAGAGAGCAGAAUGUCCAAUCUGAGCACUAAGGUUACCUAAGUUCUAGUAAGUUAGCAGAAGCACAGGCAAAGCCGAAGAGUUAUGAAUCAUCUGAGGUGGAUCAUAACUCUAGAGUUGAAUCCCUGGAGGCUGAAAUGAUCAAGAAGCAAGUGGAGAAUGAGGCUUUGAAGAACCAAGCUAUUGCUUCAGAGCAAAAAGCUUCUGGCUCUGAACAAAAAGCUUUACUCCUGGGGCAGACAAUUCUGAAGCGGGAUAAGUACUCAAAGGAUUUGUCUGAUGCUGCUUCCAAGCUCAUUGAAGAUUCUAGUGGCUCUGGGAAGUCUUAACGAUCAGGGUGCUGAUCUACUUAUGUUCCCCUCUUCAAGCUAGCCAAGUGUCACGGGUUGGGAGUUUCACACCCAAAAGGCUAACCUAUUAGGUGGAGGGACUCCCCCCAUUUAUAAGCCCAAGACCUCCCCAAUACGCUUUCAAUGUGGGAUUUGUUACAUUCUCCCCCACCCAAUCCUGUGACGCCCUCGUCACAGGUGGGGCCCCCUGCCUACCCAUCCACCUCACUCUCG